AUGAAUAUCACUCCGAAAUACAAGGAUCCGUGGAGCCCUACCAUUGCCGUCGCUAUGGAAGGAAAACGUAUCGAACAAACCUUACUCGAUCUUGGUGCUAGCAUUAAUUUACUACCUUAUUCCGUAUACCAAGAACUUGGGUUAGGGGAGAUGAAACCGACUCAUGUCACACUCCAAUUGGCCGAUCGGAGCGUUCGUGUGCCAAGAGGGGUAGUAAAAGAUGUUUUGGUGCAAGUUGAUCAAUUUAUUUAUCCGGUGGAUUUCGUGAUUCUUGAUACAAAUUCAACCAACUCUUCUGCUGCCUUUACUCCGGUGAUUCUUGAAAGAUUCUUUCUAGCCACGACAGAUGCGGUUAUCAACUGUCGGAAUGGACUUCUCAAUAUGACUUUUGGUGACAUGAAGAUGGAGGUAAAUGUUUUUAAUGUUGGUAGUCAAAUGGGGGAUGACGAGAACGUGAAUAAAGUGAGCCUUAUUGAUACUCUUGUAGAAGAACACUUGGACGAGUUGCUCUAUAGUGAUCCUUUGGAAGUUGCUCUCAUGGCUGAGGAGGCCGAAUUUCUUGAAUCUUCCGAGGUGAACUAUUUAUAUUCGCUGCACAAUGAGGAGGAUGAAGUUUGUGCUAUGAAUUCUUGGACUCCAAAGUUUGAAGAAUUUGAAGAGCUACCCCUGAUAGAGAAGAAGGUCCUUCCAUCUAGUGUUGAGCCACCGAAAUUGGAGUUGAAACCUUUGCCUGACACUUUGAAGUAUGUUUUCCUUGGAGAUAAUGAAACCUAUCCUGUGGUUAUUUCUUCCUCUCUUGGGAACCUCUAA